AUGAGAAUCUCUACCUGGAGUGUAAUCCACCAGGCCCGGCGGGCGUGCUCGGUCAACCCCUCCUCUCGCGUCUGCACCGUCAUCCUCGGAACGCACACACGCACGUAUGCGACCCACGCGAACCUCAACCCAGGUGCGAGCAGCAACAAGCCCACGGCGUCGUCACUCCUCGCAAACGCGCUCGAUCAGACUCAGCGCUCGUCGCGCCGGGAAGACUCAGCCGGGCCGUUCUCGCUGGGGAUCACCCCUCCUCGACCUGGAGAACUGAAGCCGGAGAAGAAGUGGUCGGAGCUGAAUGCGGCGGGCAAAGUCGUUCGGACGACUGCGCGAACGACGAACAUGCUCGUCAUCCUUGCUGGGGCCGGGUUCACGCUCGUGCUCGGCUACGCGCUCACCUCCGAAAUGUUCUCCUCCAACUCGCCCACGGUGCUUUACAACAGAGCGUGCAAGCUCAUAAACGCGUCUCCGCAGGUGCAUCACCACCUUGGAGAGUCCCUCGUCUUCCACAACCAUCCGCCCUCUGUCGCCCGUCCCCGUCACCGCAACCAUUACGUCUCAUCCCAGAUCUUCGUCGACUCCACUAGCCGUGAGCAUAUGCUCCUGAACUUCUACGUCCAAGGGCACGCAUCAGGCUCGUCGGCCGCAGCUUACGGUGACGAAGGCUUCUUCUCGCGCAUAUCACACAAGGCGCAGGAUGCGGUCAUCACGCUGCGCGAGAUGUCGACGGAGGACAUGGUGUCCACCGCUUCAGCGAAAUCGCAGCAGGUCGUGGACUUGGGAAGGAGCAUGUUCAGGUUCUUGACCGGUUCAGAAGACGCACAGCCCUCGCCGCAAGCCGUGCCCACCGCUGAGCACAGUAAACUGAAGGAGGAAGGCGGAUGGAUGUCGUCGAUGGCUGGGAUGUUCUCUGGUAUCAAGGGUUCGACGAGGGCAGCAGGGUCGUCGAGAGAUCGCGGCAGCCCUGCGUACACCGAAGGUGAAGUGCAUGCUGACCUUGUCAUGAACGAUCGGGGAUAUUACGAGUUCAGGUACCUGCUCAUCGACAUGCCCAAUUCAAACACCAGGAACCCUCAGCGAGUGUUUAUCGAACGAGGAGAGGGCGUACGGGAGACAGAGUCGAUAGUACGCUGGCAUCGGUAG